AUGUUAUUCGUUCUACUAAUCGGCCUUCAAAGAAUUAUAAUUAUAAUGAAGUUUGAGAAACUUGAAAAAUAUGUUCAAGGAAAAUACUUGAAUAGAAUUCUUAUAUUAAUUAUAGUUUGGAUAAUUGCAUCAAGUUAUUACACAUCAGAUUCUUCUGCUUUCGAUCGCAUAAGUGAUACAAAUUGUGUAAUUUAUGAGAUGUUAACAGAUAAUUUUACGUCUCAAAAAACAAACAUUUCAGAAGGAGAGGUGAGCUUUUUCAAGAAAAUCAUUCGAAAUGUCAUACACUUUCAGACCGUAAUAUUUUAUAUGUCAGCUUAUUUUGAUAUGCUAAUCCCCGUCAUUUCUCUUGCAAUACAUAUUAUAUUACUUUAUGCUAUACACAAAAACCGUCACAUUCUAUCAGAAACUCGACGCAAAUCAGAGCUCGCUAUAAUCUACCAGAAUUUACCACUUUUCUUAUAUUUUAUCGUUCGAAUCAUUGGAAUCAUUUUAUUUUUUCUCAUCCAAACAUCCGAUCCAUAUAACGAAUAUAUCAUGCAAUCAUUAAUUUGUCGAAAAUCAAGCAAAUUCGGUUUAUUUCCGAUUACAUACACUGUUGCAAAUUGGAAAAGACUUCGAAAAAUGCUCGUGUGUAAAUGUUGGAAAAAUCGAGUUCAUGUGGUCGAUUUAGCAUCAACUGUCAGCUAA